UUCUUGUACAUAAUUUAUAUAAGCUGAUUUGUUUUGUACAUUGAUUUUGUCAAAAAACUGUUAACUCCAACACUUCUGGAUUCUGCAAGUUUCUGUGAUAAAAAAAAGUUCCAAUGGAAGGCUUGGCUAUCAGAGCAUCGCGACCGUCCAUCCUCUGCUCUCUUCCAGGUCUCAACGGCGGUUCUCACCGACGACCUAUAAGUGACGGUUUCCUCAGGCUUCCCACGUCAUCAAAUGCGGCGGAUAAGCCUAAACUAGUCGCCAAGUCUGCUUCUUUUCAUCCAAUAUCCGCCGUUAAUGUCUCUGCUCAAGCUUCCCUCACCGCCGAUUUCCCCGCCCUUUCAGAAACGAAUUUGAAAGAAGAGAGAAUCAGCGGAGACAAGAAGCCAGAGAACAUCGUGUGGCACGAGAGUUCCAUUUGCAGAUGUGACAGACAACAACUUCUUCAGCAAAAGGGUUGUGUCAUUUGGAUCACUGGUCUCAGCGGUUCAGGGAAAAGCACAGUUGCUUGUGCGUUAAGUAAAGCACUGUUUGAAAGAGGCAAACUUACUUACACACUUGACGGCGACAAUGUACGUCAUGGUCUUAACCGAGACCUCACUUUUAAAGCUGAGGAUCGUACUGAAAACAUACGCAGGAUAGGUGAGGUGGCUAAGCUGUUUGCUGACGUCGGCGUCAUUUGUAUAGCAAGUUUGAUUUCUCCUUACCGGAGAGACAGAGAUGAGUGCCGGUCAUUGUUGCCGGAGGGAGAUUUUGUGGAGGUUUUCAUGGACGUUCCUCUGUCUGUGUGCGAGUCAAGAGAUCCAAAGGGGCUGUACAAGCUUGCACGUGCCGGGAAAAUCAAAGGUUUUACUGGAAUCGAUGACCCUUACGAGGCGCCAUUGAACUGCGAGGUCGUGCUGAAACACACAGGGGACAACGAUUCUUGUUCGCCACGACAGAUGGCGGAAAAUAUCAUCUCUUACUUGCAAAACAAAGGUUACCUUGAGGGCUAAAGUCAACUCUGAAAGAAUAAAUCAAAGACAAAAGAAUGCCCCAAUUUGCCGAAUUUAAUUAGAUAUUUUAUAAACGGUUAAAUGAGUGCUCUCUCUCUAUCUCUCUCGCUCUCUGGUUCCCCUCAGAAGCUUGGGACCAGAUACGUUUACGUCUUGCACGUCAUUAUAUCAUUUGUUCUUGAAUUGCAUGUGUGUUAAACUCGGACCAAGAGCAAGAGAAAAUAUUACUUUUGUUUCGACUAGCAUUUAAUUAGCUUAAUGUUAUCGACUGUGUUGUAUAAUGUGUAUUUAAUAAAAUGGUCUUUGUUUUUUUUUUUC